AACUCAUCUAAUUCACAUCUAAACUCAACCAGCAAAACCCAAAAAUCUAUCUAUAUAAUCCUUGUUCUAAAAGCCAUACAUACACCACCUUUAUUAUUCUAAUUCUAAAUUGCUUUUCCAAACAUGGCAUCUGCUUCUUUCUUUCUACUUGCACUUUUCAUGGUUCUUGAUAUUUUCACAACCAUCUCGGCCAUCUCAAAUUCCACUUUAGUACAACACUCACAAUCUACUUCUGCUUCUAAGAAAAUCCUUAAAUUUCCCAUGUAUCACAUCGGGAAAUUUAUUAAUAAUGACUCACAGUCUUUAUCUUUAGCUAGAAUUCGGCUACAAAAUGAGCAAAGACUAAUACAAAAAAAAGAUUGGUUGCCAGGGCCUUUUCAAGUUGAAAUGCCUCUUCUUGUUGCAGUCCCCACAGGCGAGUACAUCGUGGAAUUGCAAGUUGGAUCCCAAAGGGUACUUAUGUUGCUAGACAACGGAUCGCCGCUUGUUUGGUGGCAGUGCUCACCGUGCAAACAUUGCUUUCAACAAAAAUUCAAUUCUUUGUACAAUCCAUCUCUUUCUACGUCGUACAAACCAGUAAUCUGCCCCUCAAAUUGGUGUGAUAAGAAUACCAGGUACACUUUUACCAAUGAAUGCAUAAUGAAUCAGUGCCAAUAUACUAUAAAGUAUAGAGAUGGAUCUUCUUCCUCAGGCUUUUUAGCCAAUGAAACAAUAUCAUCAGACGAUGGUAUGUUAUACAAGAGCAUCAUCUUUGGAUGUGCGAGCACUAACGAAGGUUUAUUUGACGGCUUUUUUGAUGGAAUCUUGGGAUUCCAGCAUAGCGAAUUCUCUUUUCCAAAUCAGAUAGAAGCAUACAGAUUUUCUUUUUGCUUCGUUGCUGCACAUUCCAAAUUUGAUGGAAAAAUUCAAAGGAGGCCAGAUAGUGCCCCAUUGUAUCUCUAUGAAUUCCCGCACCUCAACGAAGACACUACAUUUGUUGUGACACUAACGCACUUAGGUCAUCACUAUGUGCAGUUUGAAGGCAUUAAAAUUAACGGAGAAAAGAUCCCCAUCGAUGCUAAAUAUUGGAACAGAGAUACAAGAGGUAAAUACGGGGUAGUAUUGGAUAGUGGUACGCCGAUUACGCGCUUUCCAAUGUAUGUGUAUAAUAAGAUCCGCGAUUCGUUUAGAAGGAGUGUGACAGGUAAGAUGAGCGUAUCGGAAUCAGAGCAAUUUGACACCUGUUUUCAUUCACCCCUGAGCACCCCUGUGGACUACAUUCCAAAAGUAUCGCUAUGCUUUAGAAGCGGAAAGGGAGAGGAAGAGCUUCGACUUGCACCAGAGCAUAUUAUGGCAUCAAUAGGAAAUAAUACAUAUUGUUUUGCUUUUAACUACAUAGAUACGUCUGUGGAUAUAACUAUCAUAGGGAGUCACCAACUCCAGAACACAAGAUUAUCUUUUAAUAUGUUGGAGAUGUCAGUCAGUGUCACUCCAGAUGAUUGUUAAUAAAAUCUCUAUUUCUGUAUA